CACGAACCAUCUAAAAUAGGUCUUUCAUCAUGGCGGCAUCAGCAAAGCCCACGGCGAUCCUCUCAGUUUACGACAAGACUGGUUUGUUGGACCUGGCAAGGGGACUCGCCUCCAAGGGCGUCCGGCUCCUUGGUUCGGGCGGAACAGCAAAAAUGGUGCGCGAAGCCGGCAUGGAGAUCGGCGAUGUAAGCGACAUGACCAAGGCCCCAGAGAUGCUCGGAGGACGGGUCAAGACACUGCACCCGGCCGUCCACGGAGGUAUUCUGGCACAACUUACGAAGGAGUCCGAUGUCAAGGACCUCGACGCUCACAAGAUUGAGCCCAUUUCCAUCGUUGUAUGCAACCUCUACCCCUUUGAAGAUACGGUUGCCAAGUCGCCCGCCCCGAGCGUUGCUCAAGCAGUCGAGGAGGUCGACAUUGGCGGUGUGACGCUUCUGAGGGCAGCCGCAAAGAACCAUGAGCGGGUCUGGGUCCUUUCAGAUCCCAAUGACUAUGGCACUUUCUUGUCAAAUUUUGAAAAGGGCGGGCAGGAAGCUCAGAACAACCGCAACCUUCUUGCGCUCAAGGCCUUCACCCACACGGCUCAUUACGAUAAUGCGAUUAGCAACUACUUCAGGAAGCAAUACGCAUCGACGGCCAGCCCGGCGUCCAGGCUUGUCCAGCAGAUGCCGCUGCGGUACGGGGCCAAUCCGCACCAGAAGCCAGCGCAGGCAUACGUAACCGAGGGCGAGAUGCCAGUAAAGGCCCUCGCGGGGUCGCCGGGCUACAUCAACCUGCUCGACAGCCUCAAUGCCUAUGCCCUCGUCAAGGAGAUGGCUGAAGCAACGGGCCUACCUGCCGCUGCUUCUUUCAAGCACGUGUCCCCUGCCGGCGCCGCUGUUGGCGUGCCCCUGACGACUACAGAAGCUCGCGCCUUCUUCGUUGAUGAUCUCGGCGAACUCACCCCCUUGGCCACGGCUUAUGCUCGUGCUCGAGGCGCGGACCGCAUGUCGUCGUUUGGCGACAUCAUUGCUCUGUCGCACAAGUGCGACUACCAAACAGCCCGCAUUAUCGGACGUGAAGUCUCUGAUGGCAUCAUCGCGCCCGACUAUGAGCCCGAGGCACUCGAGGUGCUCCAGAAGAAAAAGGGCGGCAAGUACUGUGUGCUCAAGAUGGACGCCAGCUUCGUCCCCGCCGCCGUUGAGUCUCGCCAGGUUUACGGCAUCACACUCGAGCAGCGUCGGAAUGACGUCAAGAUUGAUAAAUCCCUCUUCGCCGACGUUGUGAGCGAGAAGAAAACCAUCACGGAGCAAAACCUCCUCGACAUGGUUGUGGCCACCCUCGCGCUCAAGUAUACCCAAUCCAACUCCGUGUCCUAUGCGCUGAACGGCCAAAUUGUGGGUCUCGGAGCCGGGCAGCAGUCUCGAAUCCAUUGCACGCGGCUGGCUGGCUCGAAAGUCGACAACUGGUGGCUGCGCCAGCACCCACGCACUUUGUCGCUGCCCUUCAAGAAGGGCGUGAAGAGGCCCGAGAAGAGCAAUGCCAUCGAUCUCUUCGUCGAGGGCACCCUCGAAGGCCCGGCAAUGCGCGACUCGGUCGAGCGCAAGGAGUGGGAGGCCAACUUUGAGCAGGUUCCUCCGGCGCUCUCGGCGGAAGAGAGAGCUGCUCAUCGGGCCACCCUCAGGGACGUCGUCUGUGCUUCUGACGCAUUCUUCCCCUUUGGCGACAAUGUCGAGGAAGCCGCCAGACACGGAGCAGGCUUCUUGGCGGCACCGGGUGGCUCUGCCCGCGAUCAGGACUGUCUGGACGUUGCCAACCGACACGGCAUGGUCUAUGUCCGCACCCAGCUGCGCCUCUUCCAUCACUAGGCAAAUCUCGCUCGUUCUGUAGCCUGGCUUAGAAUUGAUCUUGGAAGAAUUCUUAGCGUAAAUGUUUGAAAUUGCACGCCCAACGCGUGGCCUGUCGCUGUUCCUUGAAGCGACUUUACUACUACUACUGUACAGUACUGUACUGUACAGUACAAACUUAGCCUGAGUAAGAAAUCAAACGCC